AUGAGUGGGCUUAUAACUUCUCUCUUCAUUGAACCCGUCAUUCGGCAAGCCCGUCGCCUCUCGCAGCAGGCCAGUAACUCCCUAUCUUCUUCCGACAACCGACCUGAAUCACCCGCAAGCACACGAGACCAUGUCCCGCCAGCUAAUGGCAAUUACAAGGUUGCAGACAACAAGACCAUAAUGCCGGACUCACAACAAGAGAAGGAUGCUGAACCCCCGUCGCAUGGCGAGUAUGCGGGGUCCGACCAUGGUCGCGCAAUCUCGCCGACGUCGCUGCCGCUCGACUCGACCAAUCGACAUCAUGGGGCAGAACACAGCCCUUCUCCGGGCUGGCUCAGAAAUCCAGCAGGAGACCCGUUAUUGCAUCUAUUAGGCACAUCUGAUACACCCAGAAGCCCCUCGACAUCGUCAGUACGACCCGCUCCUGUCGCUUUUCCCGCACGAGAAACCCCUCAGAGCGCAAGGGUAGACGCCCAUAGUCCUGAACAAUAUUCGAACGAUCAGGUCUCGGUAGAUGAGGGCGGGUUUUCGUUUUCCCUGCCAGAGGAUGACGGGAUGGGCGCUUUGAGGAAAAAGAUCCAUGCCAUCAGAGACCUAAGAUCCAGCAAUGCAGACCAGGCACGCAUGAUCCACGCGUUAAUGACGGAAAACUACCACGCUUCUCAGAAGAAUCUCGGUGACCUCUUAAUCCCAAGUAGUCCACAACCUCCUAUCCCUCGCAGCCCAAAACGAGCGGAUAGUCCCAGCGGCUGGUCUAUCCAAUCCUCUGGUCAAUCGCUCCAGUCCCCAGCUUCUACAGCUUUCGUUGCCCCACAAAACUUCACAUACAAUUUAAUCGCUGAGGAUUUAGUGCCGACGUACGCGCCCCGAAGAGAGUCAGAGUCACCCCUUGGUGAGGUGGAAGAUAUGGACACUGAAGAAUGUGAGGAAAUUUUCUUGGGCUGCCAGCAUUAUAAGAGAAAUGUGAAGUUGCAAUGCUUUGCGUGCAAGAAAUGGUUUACUUGUCGAUUCUGCCACGAUGAAGUUGAGGAUCAUCACCUCGAUCGGCCAAAGACAGAGAACAUGUUGUGUAUGUUGUGUGGGCAUGCGCAGCCCGCGGCGCAGUUCUGUGAACAGUGCGGUGAAAGGACGGCACAAUACUAUUGCCAUACUUGCAAACUUUGGGACAACGACCCAAAUAAGAGCAUAUAUCAUUGCAAUGAUUGCGGUAUUUGCCGUAUAGGACAGGGAUUAGGGAAGGACUUCUUCCACUGCAAGACGUGCAGUGUCUGUCUUCCAAUCUCUAUUGAGAAUACACAUCGAUGCAUCGAGCGCUCCACUCAAUGUGACUGUCCAAUUUGCGGAGACUACAUGUUCACAUCUCCAGAGACCGUGGUCUUUAUGCGCUGUGGGCACAGUAUUCAUCAGAGAUGCCUGUCCGAAUAUGCCAAGACCUCAUAUCGCUGUCCGAUAUGUAGCAAAACCAUUACAAACAUGGAAUCUACUUUUCGAAACUUGGAUCGUACCAUCCAAAGUCAGCCUAUGCCAGCCGAAUUCGGAGGCACCAUGGCUCUCAUCUAUUGCAACGAUUGCUGCGCCAAAUCAAUUGUGAAGUACCACUGGCUCGGUCUACGAUGCGACAUGUGCGAAUCCUACAAUACCGCCCAGAAACGGCUUCUCCAUGAGAAUGUUCGGGAUGUCCCGGAAACAGAUAGUGAGGGUGCUAAUAUACAACCCGCACGGACCAGAUCUUCAUUCCAUGGUGCAGAUGAAAUUGGGUUGUCAACACUGGCCUCGUUGCGCAUCGAUACAAGUACUAUCCCGGGGACAGACUCGGUUGCUCCUUGGCCUAAUGCACCUUUGUCUGCCGACCCAAAUGGUCAGUUUUCGUCUUACAGCCUUGCCCGAGCUCGUGCGGUGUCCCCAGUGAUCAGUAACUAUUUUGGCAUCCCCCCGGAUCGUGAUUCGGAGAGAUCGGGGUCGACUUCUUUCUUCGGUGGCGUCUCAUUCCGAGACAGCGAAAACGAGGACGGGGGAAGGCUUCGCCUAUGGGGUACUAAAUUCAAAUACAGCUACGGUUUCCUCGGACAAGAAACCGAAUCCGUUGAUGGGACCUCCGAUACGGGAGAUGAAGAGGCGGAUGAAGAUGGGGCAUCGGAGGAUAGCGAAUCGGAGGAGAGAGAAGACGACAGCGAGGAUGAAGAGGAGGAUGAGCAGGAGAGCAUCAACAUAUUCGGACACCGAUGA